UCAUACUAGAGAGGUAUGCAAAAGAUUGUCAUAGCUAACUGUUUCCUUAUGUUUCAGUCUGUCUCAAGUUUAAAGAAAGAUGAGAAAAGACGCAGAAGUGAUCUCGAAAAUCUUUUUUGUUAUGAUAAAGCUAUCCCAGAAGAAAUAAUUGAAAAGCCUGUUGGGUUAUCUUUGGCCGAGAAAGCAAUCGGUAACAAUUCUCGAUGCACUGAUUGCCAUGCCAAAGGUGCGAUGCUUUGCGCCACUUGUGCCGGUUCUGGUCUAUAUGUAGACUCCAUAAUGGAAAGCCAGGGCAUAAUCGUUAAAGUUCGCUGCCUAGGUUGCGGGGGAACUGGUAAUAUAAUGUGUACAGAAUGCGGGGGACGAGGUCAUCUAGGACCGAAAUGAUCUAUGUCGACUUUUUGGAAUUCUGUUGUACUACCAAUAUGUAAUGUUUUGGUUGGCAUUGCUUGUAAGUCAUAAUCAUUUUCAAUUUUGUUUAUGUCAAGGAUUUCUACAAUUACAAACCAGACCAGUCUUAAGUUCUUAAUUAUGUAAACUCGCAAUAUUCUUUUGUCACACAGAUCGAUUACCUUAAAUGAACUUACAUGUAAGUUACUUAUA